UACUUGAUCCGAGGCCGAGGAGAGACAAUUGAAACCACCGACCUUGCGGUGCACCUUACAGCACAGGAUCUCAACUACCCACUCCAAACAGAGUCCACACAUGGUCAUUGAUCAGACCAGCAAAAACAGUCUCUCUCUCUAGCGAUCACACUUGACAAUUUUAUUUUACUGGAUCUGAUCUUUCGUCCAGCUCACACUCUCCCAGAAUUCUGAACGAUUAGGGUUUUGGUUUCCUUAAAAUGGUGUUUUGCUUGGAAACCGUGUGGUUCAGUGCCGGCGGCGGGUGAAACUCGUCUCAGUUUAUCCGGAGGAAGUGAGCAGCUCUCUCUCUCUCUCUCUGAGAUGGCGGCUUCACCUGCUAAGUUCUUCUUCGGGUUCCUGAUUCUUUCCAUGGUCUUGUGGAUGAUCUUCGUACUCUGUUCAAGAUUCUUUGCAUGGAUUCUUAGCCGAGUGCUGGGAGCAUCUGUUGUGUUCCGUUUUGGCGGUUGGAAAUGCCUCAGGGAUGUCGUCGUCAAGUUCAAUAAGGGUGCUAUUGAGUCGGUGUCUGCUGGUGAAAUUAAACUAAGCUUACGACAGUCCUUGGUCAAACUCGGCGUUGGUUUUCUUUCUAGAGAUCCUAAAGUGCAAGUCUUGAUAUGUGAUCUUGAAGUUGUAAUGAGGUCAUCGACUUCAGCCAAAAAUGUACCCAAAGCCAAAAGUCAGAAACCUCGUAAUUCUGGCAGGGGAAAGUGGAUGGUGGUGGCUAAUAUUGCGAGGUUUCUUUCAGUUUCCGUCGCAGAUAUGGUUGUCAAGACCCGAAAAGCAAUAAUGGAAGUCAAGGAACUGAAGUUGGAUAUAUCGAAAGAUGGUGGGACAAAACCAAAUCUAUAUGUAGAGCUGCAUGUAUUACCGAUUCUGGUUCACUUAUGUGAGUCACGCGUGAUGUCUGAUCAGUCGUCUAGCUCAAGCUUUGAAAGGUCUACUGCUUCCCAAACGACCUCUGCCACAACAGACAGAUCCUCUGCUGCUUUGUUUUGUGAUGAGCUCUCUCUUUCUACUGAGUUUGGACAUGACAGGGCUGUAGGUAUUUUCUUACGAAAUGUGGAAGUUAUAUCUGGAGAUGUAACACUGACUUUUGAUGAGGAUUCAUUUCCAAAGAGCAAACAGUCAUCAUCUACUCUUCAUUCAGAUGAAGUUGUAACGUCAACUAGUGCUGAUUCAUCUGCCAAGAAAUCUCCUAAAGAGCAUCAACUGGUGGCAGCUCUCGCAAAAUAUUCUUCUUCUUUUCCUGAAAUGAUUUCAUUCAAACUACCCAAACUGGAUGUGAGAUGUGUCAAUCGAGAACAUGAUCUGGCUGCUGAGAAUAACAUCACAGGAAUUCAACUUAGGAGUGUUAAAUCAAAAUCUUUUGAAGACACGGGAGAGAGUACACGUCUCGAUGUUCAGAUGGAACUCAGUGAAAUUCAUCUUUUUAGAGAAGCUGAGUCCUCUGUUUUGGAGAUUAUGAAAGUUGAUGUGGUCUCUUUUAUCUACAUCCCAAUUCAGCCGGUUCUGCCUAUUAGAGCUGAAGUUGAUAUAAAGCUGGGAGGUACACGAUGCAACCUAUUCAUUUCUAUGCUACAGCCAUGGUUGCGUCUUCAUUUCUUGAAAAAGAAAAAACUGGUGCUACAAGGUCCGACUCACACACUCGGUAAAUCAAAAGCUGCUGAUACGAAAGCCAUUAUGUGGACAGGCACAGUUUCAGCCCCUGAGAUGACUGUUAUGCUAUAUGGUAUUGAUGGUUCGCCUAUGUAUCAUUUUUGUUCGCAGUCGUCGCAUGUGUUUGCAAAUAACAUUUCGAGUACGGGCACAGCAGUUCAUGUUGAACUUGGUGAAUUGAAUCUGCAUCUGGCAGAUGAGUACCAGGAAUGCUUUAAAGAAAACCUUUUCGGAAUAGAGCCGAACUCUGGUUCUUUAAUGCAUAUAGCAAAGCUUAGCUUGGAUUGGGGAAGAAGUGACAGGACAUCAUCUGACGAAGUUGGUUGCAGAAGUAAAUUGGUACUCUCAGUAGACGUGACUGGAAUGGGUAUUUACUUUUCUUUCAAGCGUGUUGAAUCCCUCAUAACAAAUGCUAUGUCCUUCAAAGCUCUCUUCAAGACAUUAUCUGUUUCCGGAAAAAAGAUGAAUCAAACUGGAGGAGUGCAACCAUCCAAAGGAUCUGGGAAAGGAACUAGGCUUGUGAACCUGAAUCUUGAACGUUGCUGUGUGAAUUUCUGUGACGAUACAGGAUUGGAUAACACAGUUAUUGACGAUCCUAAAACCGUCAAUUAUGGAUCACAAGGUGGCCGAGUUAGGUUUAGUUCAUUGGCUGAUGGCAGACUACGCACAGCGAGCAUUCAGUCUACUGCUUCUGAAGAGUGUAAAAGACUGAAGUAUUCGGUCUCUCUGGAAAUAUCACAUUUUAGACUUUGUCUCAACAAGGAUAAACACUCAACGCAAAUGGAACUUGGAAGAGCUAUGUCUAUCUACCAGGAGUAUUUGGAGGAGCAUAAACCUUGUUCAAAGGUCAAGUUGUUUGAUAUGCAUAACGCGAAGCUUGUACGUCGAUCUGGUGGUCUCAAUGAAAUAGGUGUUUGUUCUCUCUUCAGUGCUACUGAUAUUUCACUGGGUUGGGAACCUGACGUCCAUCUGUCUUUCUAUGAACUGUUUUUGCGGUUGAAAUCCCUGGUUUAUGCACAAAGGCUUAAAGAACAUGAAAGGGAAGGCAUCUCUAGUGUUAAAGUUGGUGGCUCGGGUGAAGAAAUAAAUCUGUCCAACUCUGUUGACAAGCAGAAGAAAAAGGAAUCUAUGUUUGCUAUUGAUGUGGAAACAUUGACAAUAUCAGCUGAGGUAGGAGAUGGGGUAGAGGUUAAAUUGGAGGCACAAUCAAUAUUUUCUGAGAAUGCCUGUAUAGGAGUGCUUCUUGAGGGGCUUAUGCUUGCUUUUAACGGAUCUCGAGUGUUUAAAAGUACAAGAAUGCAAAUAUCAAGAGUUCCUUCUGCCUCGUCGAGUUUAUCUGAUGCAGUCCCUGUAAUGACAGGUGGUCCUUGGGACUGGGUAUUGCAAGGGCUUGAUGUGCAUAUUUGCAUGCCACACAAACUGCAGUUGCGUGCCAUAGAUGAUUCGAUUGAAGACAUGUUGCGAGCCUUGAGACUUAUAACUGUAGCGAAAGGUAAAAACAUUUUUCCAGGAAAGAGAGAAACCUCGAAGCCUAAGAGUAAGAAAUCUAGUCCAAAAUUUGGCCGCAUAAGAUUUUGCAUACGCAGGCUUACCGCAGAUAUUGAGGAAGAACCAAUUCAGGGUUGGCUUGAUGAACACUAUCAUCUGGUUAAGAAGGAAGCUUGCGAGUUGGCUGUCAGAUUGAAAUUUCUCGAAGAUUUUAUUCACAAAACUACUCAGUCUUCUAAAGGUGCUGAAACAAGUGAUCCUUCAGAUGAAAGAAAGAUGCUUUUUGAUGGGGUUGAAAUUGAUGUCAAGGAUCCUUUAGCUAUUAACAAAGUCAAGGAUGAGAUUCGUAAACGGUCUUUUCAAUCGUAUUAUCAGGCAUGUCAGGGUUUAGGUCCCUCAGAGGGCUCCGGUGCCUGUAGGGAAGGGUUUCAGGCAGGUUUUAAGCCAAGUGCUGCUAGAACCUCUCUUCUCUCUGUUUGUGCCACAGAUUUUGAUUUAAGCUUGACGGCAGUUCAUGGUGGUGAUGUUGGUUUGAUGGAAGUCUUAAAGAAGCUUGAUCCUAUUUGUCAAGAAAAUGACAUACCCUUUUCUCGGUUAUAUGGAAGCAACGUUGACUUGAAAACUGGAAGCUUGGUAGUUCAGCUAAGAAAUUACACACUCCCUCUUCUCUCUGGCACUUCUGGCAAAUUUGAAGGUCGUAUUGUACUUGCUCAGCAGGCAACGUGUUUUCAACCACAAAUUUCGCAAGACGUAUAUGUAGGAAGAUGGAGAAAAGUGCGAAUGUUCCGGUCAGAAACUGGCACAACUCCGCCGAUGAAGACCUACUCAGAUCUGCGCAUACACUUUCAACAAGGACAAGUUUCCUUUGGAGUUGGAUAUGAACCGGCGUUUGCAGACAUUAGCUAUGCUUUCACAGUGGCUCUUCGUAGGGCUAAUCUGAGUUACAGGAGUCCAAGUGUUCCACCUCUCGUUAAAAAAGAACGAAGCUUACCUUGGUGGGAUGAUAUGAGAAACUAUGUUCAUGGCAAUAUCACUUUAUCUUUUUCUGAAUCAAAGUGGGAUAUUCUUGCUACAACAAAUCCGUAUGAGAGUCUUGAUAAACUUCAAAUAGUGACUGGUCCUAUUGAACUUCGGCAGUCAGAUGGUCGUGUGUUUGUCAAUGCUAAAGACUUUAAGAUAAAACUGAGCAGUCUGGAGAGUUUGAUUAGCCGACACUCUUUGAAAGUUCCAGUCGGCACCUCUAGAGCUGCAUUUAUUGAAGCCCCUUUGUUUAAUCUCGAAGUUACAAUGGACUGGGAAUGCGAGUCUGGGGAUUCUUUGAAUCAUUACCUAUAUGCAUUUCCAACUGAAGGAAAGCCUCGUGAAAAGGUUUUUGAUCCGUUCAGAUCAACAUCACUCUCGCUUCGGUGGAAUUUCUCCCUUAGACCGAAGAAACUUCACCAGUCUUCCUCCGGUAUAGAGCAGUCAACAGACACUGGAACUGUCUAUAGCUCGCAAGACAAGCCUGAGACACCCACAAUGAAUCUUGGAGCUCAUGAUUUGGCAUGGAUACUUAAGUUCUGGGGUUUGAUGUACUAUCCUCCUCACAAGUUACGUUCUUUCUCCAGAUGGCCUAGGUUUGGUGUCGCCAGAGUUGCAAGAUCAGGAAACUUAUCUCUAGAUAAGGUUAUGACGGAAUUUAUGCUCCGUGUAGAUGCCACUCCUUCCCUGAUCAAUUACAUGCCUUGGGACUCUGAUGAUCCUGCCAGAGGAUUGACGUUUAACAUGGCAAAGCUAAAAUACGAAUUAUGCUAUAGUCGUGGGAAGCAGAACUAUACAUUUGAAUGCAAGCGAGAUGUGCUUGACCUUGUAUAUCAAGGUCUUGAUCUUCACGUGCCUAAGGCUUUUAUUAACAAAGAUGUGCAUCCUUGCAUUCCAGCAACCGUUCAGGCUUUGAGGAAAAAUACUCAAAGUGCUUUGAUAGACAGAAUACCCUGUGGAAAGGAUCCCAAGAGGAAUGAGAAGCAUCGCGAUGAAGGUUUUCUAUUGUCGUCUGAUUAUUUUACAAUCAGAAGGCAGGCCCCAAAAGCUGAUCCGGAAAGGCUAUUAGCUUGGCAAGAGGCUGGAAGAAGAAAUCUUGAGAUGACAUAUGUGCGGUCUGAAUUUGAAAACGGAAGCGAGAGUGAUGAACACAUACGAUCAGACCCUAGUGAUGAUGAUGGAUACAAUGUUGUCAUUGCUGACAAUUGUCAACGGGUCUUUGUUUAUGGCCUGAAACUCCUGUGGACCAUUGCGAACAGAGAUGCUGUUUGGUCUUUUGUUGGUGCAAUAUCGAAAGCAUUUGAGCCUGCCAAACCCUCUCCGUCGCGUCAGUAUACACACAGGAAGAUUACUGAAGAAAGCCAAAAAGAAUCUUGUCAAGAAACGCAUCAAGGGGAAACGAUGAAGUCUUCUGCUAGUCCUGGAAGAAAUAUCCCUUCACAGCCUAUGGAGAUGGCAGGACCUCUUUCAUCACCGUCACACUCGGUGAAAAUGGAGAAAUCAUAUGACAGAGCUGGUCUAGGUAAAGUUGAGAACAGUGAAUCUGAGGAAGAAGGCACUCGUCACUUCAUGGUGAAUGUCAUCGAGCCACAGUUUAAUCUUCACUCUGAAGAAGCUAAUGGACGCUUUCUGCUUGCUGCUGUUAGUGGCCGUGUUCUAGCACGAUCGUUUAAUUCCAUCAUGCGUGUUGGUGUAGAAGUGAUUGAACAGGCUCUAGGCACUGGAAGUGUCCAGAUUCCAGAAUGUAAUCCUGAAAUGACAUGGACACGGAUGGAAAUUUCUGUAAUGUUAAAGCAUGUGCAGGCUCAUGUUGCUCCUACUGAUGUUGACCCGGGUGCUGGAUUGCAGUGGCUCCCAAAAAUUCGUAAAAAUUCGCCAAAGGUGAAACGUACUGGGGCUUUACUUGAAAGAGUCUUCAUGCCUUGUGACAUGUACUUUAGGUAUACAAGACACAAAGGUGGAAAUCCUGAUUUAAAGGUGAAACCACUAAAAGAACUCACUUUCAAUUCACACAAUAUAACCGCUACGAUGACUUCUCGGCAAUUCCAGGUUAUGCUGGAUGUUCUGACCAAUCUUCUCUUUGCAAGGCUUCCAAAGCCUCGGAAAAGUAGUCUCCAAUGUCCCACUGAAGAUGAAGAUGUUGAAGAGGAGGCUGAUGAGGUAGUUCCAUAUGGAGUUGAAGAAGUAGAGCUUGCAAAAAUUAAACUUGAAGAAAAAGAGCGAGCACGAAAGUUGCUUCUUGAUGAUAUUAGAAAAUUGUCUCAUUGUUCCGACAGUCUGGCUGACACACAUAUGGAAAGGGAAGGUGAAUUGUGGAUGAUUAGUACCAGAAAAUCCACACUGGUGAAUGGAUUAAAGAAAGAGCUCUUACAUGCACAGAAGUCUAGAAAGGUGGCUUCUGCAUCUUUAAGAAUGGCGCUACAGAAGGCUGCACAGCUGCGACUGAUGGAGAAAGAAAAGAACAAAAGUCCAUCAUAUGCUAUGUGUAUUUCCUUGCAAUUCAAUAAGGUUGUUUGGAGCAUGAUUGUAGACGGUAAAUCCUUUGCUGAAGCAGAGAUAAAUGACAUGAUUUAUGACUUUUAUCGGGAUUACAAAGACAUUGGCGUUGCUCGAUUCACCACCAAGUCCUUUGUUGUGAGGAACUGUUUGCCUCUUGCAAAGUCGGAUAUGCUUUUAUCAGCGUGGAAUCCUCCAAGCGAGUGGGGAAAUUUUAUUUGCAGGAAUUUUAUGCUACAUGUUGAUGCAAAGCAAGGAGCACCGAAAGAUGGACACUAUCCUCUUGAGCUUUUCCAUGUUGCGAUUUACCCCCUGAGGAUUCAUUUAACAGAAACAAUGUACAGAAUGAUGUGGGAGUAUUUCUUCCCAGAGGAAGAGCAAGAUUCCCAAAGGCGACAGGAAGUUUGGAAAAUUUCGACAACAGCUGGUUCGAAACGUGUGAAGAAAGGGUUAGCAGGUCAUGAAUCUUCUACAGCUAGUCACUCCAAUGUUGAAGCAUCUCGGGGGAGUUCUGCAGCGCUGUCACAGAGCAAUGCUGACUCUGUUCAAAAAUCAAAUACUCUCAGCCUCAGGUCUAGCACGGGUGGUUUUGGUCAGGAGUUGAGAAGAACAUCUUCUUUUGAUAGGACCUGGGAAGAAAAUGUAGCACAAUCCGUAGCUAAUGAACUCGUUCUACAAGCUCAUUCUUGCACCGUGUCAUCUUCCGUUGAACAACAGGAGGAUUCCUUUAAACAGAAGCCCAAAGAGACAAAACCUGUCAAGCCUGGCCGCUCUUCUCAUGAAGAAAAGAAAGCUGGAAAAUCUAGGCCUAGAAAGAUGAUGGAGUUUCACAACAUCAAAAUAAGCCAGGUGGAGCUUCAAGUGACCUAUGAGGGCUCAAGAUUUGUUGUAAAUGACCUCAAGUUGCUGAUGGAUACAUUUGACCAUGUUGAGUUCACUGGGACUUGGAGAAGACUGUUUUCUCGUGUUAAAAAACACAUCAUUUGGGGAGUACUGAAGUCUGUUACAGGAAUGCAGGGGAAGAAAUUCAAAGACAAAUCACAGAUUAACCGUGGGAUUGCUGAGAAUGACCUUAAUCUAAGUGACAAUGAUCACACGGGGAAACCAGUCACGUUGUUUAAGCGUCAAAGUGAUGGAGCAGGGGAGGGAUUUGUUACUUCUGUUAAAGGACUAUUCAACACGCAAAGGCGCAAAGCCAAAGCAUUUGUGUUGAGAACUAUGAGAGGUGAAGCAGAGAACGAUUUCCACGGGGAGUGGAGUGACAGUGAUGUAGAAUUCUCUCCUUUUGCUCGGCAAUUAACUAUAACGAAAACUAAGAAGCUCAUCAGACGUCACACUAAGAAACUACGUCCAAGAUCUCAAAGAGGUUCGACUUCUCAGCAAAGAGAAUCACUUCCAUCAUCAUCGAGAGAGGUUACUGCAUUUGAAAGUGAUUGUUCAAGUGGAUCUUCACCGUACGAAGAUUUUGAAGAUUAAGAUCAAUCUUCUUGGCUGAGGUAGGAAGGGAAGGAUAGACUUCUCAGCUUUUGACAAGACUUCCUUGUCAAAUUUUGUUUUUUUCCCGGCUGUAAUAGGAGAAUUAACAAUAUUGAGAGAGAGAGAGAGAGAGAGAGAGAUCAACAAUAUUGUACAGACGUUGGUAUAUUGGAAAAGAAAUUAGAAACCA